UAAAUCAUAUUAACAGAAAAAUAUACGGGGCUAUGAAAUCAUUCAAAUAUUUAACUUUAACUUUAAAUUUACUUAAUCAGUGGCUUAAAAACAAUACCUCUGAAUAUCCAUUUGACUAGAUUUUGAUAAUUUUUUAAAAUAAUUUACUAUUCAUCGUAGAUACUGCUAAAAAAAUAGUAUAAAUGAUGUUGCUGUUUUCUUAUAAAACUAACUGUUUCAGUCAGAAUUCAAUAAAAACCACUUUGAACGUGAUGCAUCUGUUUUGUUUUUGUAUAGUCAAAUGUCGAUAUUCAAAUGUAUAAUCAAAUAUUUUCCUAUUGUUCCAGUUUUUAAUUGUUAGUAGGAUUAAAUUUUUCAUUAUUCUAAAGUGGUCUAAACUUCUUUAACGAAAAAAUUACCUACCAAGAUUUUAUUUGUUAAUAUUGUUAAGCAAAGGACAAUUAAUAUAUGCGUUAAUUAUUUACAGUAUCAUUAUUUAAAAACAAUUUUACAGAGGUGUAAAGGAAAUAAUUUGGUAGCCUCUAAUAUAAUUUGUUUUGAUGUUUAUGAUUAUACAAGGUCUUUUGGUUUUUCAAUGUUGUUUAUAAAUAAACUCUUCAUCCUUUUCUCAACUAAUACUCGCACUAGUUGUUAUUCUAGAUGAAAAUUGACGAUAUUAUCGAGAGUGAGGAAGCAAAAGGACACAUUUAUGAGAAAGGAAAUUCCCACUGUCCAUAAACUAGUUGUUCAAGAGUGGGGAAGGUUCAAGGUUGUUGAAGGAAUGGAACAGCUAUCUCUCAGUUAACUCGGUCUGCUCGUUUAGUUAAGUUUGUGAUAUUUUGUUUGUUUGUCACUUUUUGUUCCAAUUGUGUUUGUAGAUGGAAAAUCCUAUUCUUUCUUAGAAACAGAAAAUGUUAGUGUUGUGUUUGUCUGUGAAUUAUUUAAAGCUUAACUAUGACUGCAGGAAUGUUUUGCUUCAGAGCACACAUGUCAUUAAUUCAAGAAAUAGGUUCUAAUAGACCUUAGAAAACAAUUUAACCAAAACAUGACAUUUUCUUAAUUUUUUUGUACAUAAUAAUAUAUAUUUUUGUAAAUAUGAUAUUCAAUUAUUUAGUAUGUAUGCUAGUGAUAUUUAGCAUUAAUUGUGGUGCUUCGUUAAAAACCAAUAACUUAUCAAAAUGCAAUAAGCUUCAAACGCCAGCGUCCUCUUUUUGCUAUGAAGAACCGUUGAACUCUCAAGAUUGUGCUAACAAUCGCACAGACUGUUACAAGUGGUGUAAGGAUAAAUUGAACUGGACUAUUGUAAACAGUACGGCAGGGGCUGUGAAAUUCCAGUUACCUCUUGCUCCAAAAGAGUGCUGUUUCACCUACUAUGAAAUAGUUAUGACAGUGAGUGAGAAUGAGUGCAAUUUCACUGGUAAUGUUUCGGAACACUCGAGCCACUGGCUGAUGGGACAGCCCUUUGAUGAAUGUGAAGACAAAGAUAAAAACAAACAUCUGGAGUUGGUUAUAAACCAUUUGUUCACGGGAUGUUACAGGAUGGAUGUAAAGCCUGUAAACGAAUUAACGACAAAUUUAGAUUAUUGCAUUGUCGAGCCUAUUCGGCUGAAAACUGCUUACAAACCUAUGCCACUUGCAUUGAGUAACGUUUCAGUGACAAAUGUAUACGAUGACCAAAGAUUGUUGCUCUUGAUGAAAUUUCGCUUUGAUGUACCGAUUGGAGAGUUUCCAGAGACAAUUAUCAGGCUCAGCUCAGGAGAAAAAAUGUCUGAAGAUUGUGUAGGCUCCGGCAACAACAAAGCGUGCUGCACAACAGGUAGAGAUGAAGACAGUGAGUGCUGCUCUAACGAAUAUGAUAAAAACAUUGGGUGUUUGUGUUACUGGAAUGAAAAUGCACUAGAUUGCGAGUUUAAUAAUAUAACACAAGGAAAUUAUUGCAUCAAUGUAGAAUUGGUGGACCAGCGGUGCGUUUCAAGGAAAUUGUGGUCAAACCAUACCCUAUGCAGUUGGUAUUUUCCAUAUUCAAUUGCUGAAAACAACCAGCUUGUUACAUCUUCGAAUGACAACCCUUGGAUCACGGUAACUGUGACAGCAGUGGUUGUGUUUAUCAUUUUGGCGCUUUUGAUGUUGUUGUAUUAUAAGGCUUAUCGAAAAGUGAUUUACAACCAGUAUAUAUCAUUUGCACCUGCAAGGAAAAAGACAGUGUCAGUAAUCAUCCCUCAAAAGAUCAUGUUACUGUAUCCAAGGGACUGCAAGGCCUUUAUGGAUGUGAUGAAGGUGUUCAGGUCUAUUCUUCAAGAAACCUUAAUUGCCCAGGUGUAUGAUAUUUGGGAUAAUAGAAAUUGGAAUGAUGUACAUUCAACUGGGCCACUUUGGGCAGUUAAGUACCUAAUAGAUCCAAACGUCAAGAUUUUAUUGGUAAACUCGCCAUGCUCGAAAAUAAUAGAAGAAGCUAUCCUGAGUAAGAAGACGUUUGAAUACAAUAAACCCACUCCAAGGGACGAUGUAUACUUUUGUGCUCUGAAAAGUGCUCUCGAUUUAUUGAUGUCAGAAAACAAUCGUUAUAAUCGUUUUUUCAUUGUAAGGUUGGAUAGUAAGGAUUGUAUGUUUGAUAAGCCAGCAUUUCUUAAUACAAUUUAUACCCUGCCACAACAUCUCAAAGAGUUUAUCAUGGAUAUCCUUAACUCUCCAAUUGUGGACGUCAUACUCAAUCCUGAUAGAUUACCAAAGAUUCAUCAGCUACAGACUGCAAUAAGCGAACUUGAGAAUUUCAGGUUAAAUAAUGAAGAAUACCUCUCUGAACUGAUUUGGUUAACUUCUUGAUAUACAUUUUUGUUUUGAGAAUUCCUAGCUUGAACUAAAAAAUCUCAUAAAUUUUUUGUGGUGGUAAAUUCUAAAAGACUGGUCAGAUCUGAAAAAAAAUUAAUUUUAUUUUGGGGAUUUUUAUUUCAUUUUUUUCUCCUACUGUUUGUUUAAAUUGCUCAAAUUCUUUAUAUUAAAGAUAUAUUUGCAUGAUAAAUUAGAGCAUUAAUGUCAAUAUAAUUUUUAAUUUAAUUAACUAAGAAAUGUUAUUACUAUUCAAUCUCAGGCAAACUUGUUGUUAACCUUGUUUAUGAUAGUAUGAUUGUGAGUUCCAACAUUAAAAUUUCAAUUCAAUUAUUAUAACAAAAUCAGCGAAAUGGUUGUCUAAAACAUCCUUUACAGAAGGAAGACUUGGAUGUGUAAAAUUAAAAUCAAAUGACUUAGUCAUUAAUUAUAAAUACAAUUCAUACAAGAAUUGCCAUGGAAAUAAUAUUUUGAAAUUUACCAAUAUAUCAAAUUCUAAGUCACUCUACCAAACUUCUGUUUGAAAUAUGUAUUGAUGAUUGUUAUUAAUAUAAUAUUAAGGCAAACUUUUAUUCUCCUCAAAGAAAAGUGUGGAUACAAUAGAUCUCUUGUUUCUUUUUUGUAAGAUUAAUUUUAUGUGAGAAUGAAUGAGUUUUAUUAAUGCAUUAUUUAUUAAGAUAACUUUUAAAAAAUGAAAUCUAGUCUUAUUGAAGUAAGAAUAA